UAAUAUUAUAAUUCAAAUUAUUUUUAAUAAUGAAAUUACUAAUUUGUUUAUUAAUACUUUUAACAAUUAAUUUAGUGUAUUCAAAAGAAGAAUGGUUCUUUUUAAGACCAGAUUUUAGAAAAUGUGCGGCCCCUCUUUGUGGUGGGAACUUUUUAACCAAAGUUAAUGAUCAAGAAGGAAAGGAGUACCACCAAGUACAAACUUCAUUAGUAGACGCAACCAUUAAUAUGUCACUUUUAGAGGAUUAUGCCAAUAUUAUUGUAUUGGGGGAAUUAGAAAAAACAGAAUUAGCAAACGAUCCAAGUGGUGAAUACUAUAGUCUAUUCCUUAAAGGAAUUUACCACACUAUGGGACUACCACCACAAUCCCCCAACCCAAAGAUGAUCAAGGUUAGAGAAAACUACUAUAUGUUAAGUGCAGGUAGUUGUAAUAGUGAUUUUUCAACAUGUUCAGGUAUUAAAGCUGCUCUUGUCAAUAGCAAUACCAACACCCCAAUCAAUUCAUAUGUCAAUCCAUAUACCACAGUUCCAUUAUUGGAUUCAAAUUGGUUUACAUCAAGAUUGUUAGGUAAAAGUGGUAGAUCAGCUAUAGCCAAAGGUUAUAUUGUCGGUAAUAAGUUAACCAUCUCAAUGGUGUAUAUCUCUUCCUCUGACCCAAGCACAGCUUGCCCAACAAACACCAUCUCAUGCCCAACCAAUCAAAUUCCAGCCUUUACAAGAAAAGAUAACUCGCGUUGCCCAAUAUUUGAUGGAUGUACUCCAAGAGGUCCAUGUCCAUUAUAUAUCCCACAUUGCCAAGAUGGUUAUACUUUAUACAGAUUACCAAACAAAGCAUCUAGAGGCUGUCCAAAAUAUUAUUGUGAUCCAUCAUUUUUAAUUGACCCAGUCAAAGCUAGUAAUCCAUAAAUAAAGCAAUAUUAUUAUUUAAAAAACAAUAAAAUUUUAUUGCGAAU